UUUACCCGAGAAAAACCAUUUCAAACCACCGAUCUUAGUGCAAGGAAGUGGCCGAUUUGUGCUAUAUAAGUCAGUCCGUGGGUUACCGCAUUCAUUAUAAUUAAUUAAGGUGUUCCGCCGUGACCAACUCCCAACUAGACGAACCAAACCAAUCAUGAAGUGCAUGGUAGCUGCAGUCAUCUUGGCGCUGGCCGUCGUUGCGGAAGCUGGACUUCUGCCUUAUGGCGGAUGGCCAUACGGGCUGGGCCAUUUGGGACCCGCGACCGUGGUGCAGUCCAAUAUUUUGGCACAUCCCUACGGAGCUGUGUCGCAUGCUGCCAUCCACGCUGGAUACUUGGGCCAUCCAGCUGCUGCCAUUGUUGCUGGACCAAUUGCUCCACUGGUGUCCCCCGUGCAUGGUCCGGUAGCCUCGGUUGCGCAUCACGCCGGAGUUGUUCCCGGAGCUACCUCUGUCACCGCUAACCGUGGUUCCGUGCACGUUGCCCCUCUGCCAGGGCAUGCCGUGUCCCAGCAGCAGCUCAACUUGGCGCCAGCCCCAGGAACCAUCUGAGUUAGUUAUGGUAGUAGAACGCCUGAUAUCAGCUAGUCAUCGGAAACGAGAAGGACAAAACCACCAAAUACAACCAAACCCAUUCCUCAUCCACUCCCAGCAUCUAUCUAUCACUAUCACUGUCAUUCAAAAAGCACGCUAUCGCAAACGCUCAUUCUCAUUCUUGAAACUGUAUAUUCUGGAACACUAAGAGAUAAUAAAUUAUUUUCUUUUUUUCUAAUGAA